AUGACGUGGGCAACAGAAGUGGAUAAUUUGUGGAAAUGGCUUCAAAAAGGUCGACAUUGGGUCAAAAGAGCUGUCCAGCUGGAUGCAAACAAUUCGAAUUUAUGCAAGGAAGAGAUAUCCCACGGCGAGAACUUUCUAAGCAUAGAAUUUAGUCUGAAAGUGUUGUUUGGAUCGAAAGGUCUUCCGAUGAAUAUUGAGAAACGAUAUGAUAAACUAGCUGCAAUGGCGCAGGCUCUGAAGGAACGUUGCAGCCUUCAUCACUGA